AAAUCUUAAUGUAUUUUAUUUAAAUAUCUUUAAUUCACAAGAAUUUGUUACAAUACAGUAUUUUAUUUAACUUGUGUAUAUCUUUAUAUAUACCCACUAUACAGCUGCUAGCCUACUAGUUAGCCAAUUAUACCUAACCAAUAAACACGCACGUGGUUAUUUAGAAAUAUACAUAUGUAGCAAACGGUAAUUUAUUUCGUCAUAAAAAGUCAAUAACAGAUUUUUAAUAAGUUCCUUAUGAAUUUAUAAGACAGAUUGUGUAUAUCUCAAUCUGAAGCAAACACGACAGUGGAGACUUCAACACUUAGCAGUUUCAGGAAAUGUUGUAUUUUCUGACAACAGGAAGCAACUUCCUGAAAAUCAUUAGCUUGGUCAAACAAGUGGUCAAUAGCCGGCACAUAAGUUUGACGAGAAUGGCUAAAAGUAAAUUUGAAUAUGUGAAAGAAUUUGAACGUGAUGACAGUUGUUUGCCAAAUUGUUGGAUUGUGGUUAGAAUUGAUGGAAGAAAUUUUUCAAAAUUCUGUGAAGCGCAUCAAUUUACUAAACCGAAUGAUGUAGCUGCUUUGCAAUUAAUGAAUCGCGCGGCUAUUACGGUUAUGGAAGAUUUUAAAGAAAUCAUUCUAGGUUUUGGUCAAAGUGAUGAAUAUUCUUUUGUCUUUCGAAAAGACACUGAACUUUACAAACGAAGAGCUUCAAAAUUGAUGACAAAUGUGAAUUCUCUUUUUGCAUCAUCGUAUGUUUAUCAUUGGCCUCGUUUCUUCCAAGGCAAGGAAUUAUAUUAUCCACCAUCUUUCGAUGCCCGUGUUGUAUUAUAUCCUACAGAUAAAAACUUAAGGGAUUAUUUAGCAUGGCGACAGGCUGAUGCUCAUGUAAACAAUUUAUAUAACACCUGCUUUUGGAAUCUUGUAUUAAAAGGAAAGCUAACUCCAACUCAGGCAGAAGGAAAACUUAGAGGUACAUUGGCAUCACAUAAGAACGAAUUACUUUUUCAAGAAUUUGGUAUAAAUUAUAAUAAUGAGCCACCACUUUUUCGAAAGGGUACUACACUUAUAAGGAAAUUAAUACCUGAUGGGACAGGUAGAUUAAAACCUGCAGUGGUUCCAUUGGUAGAUGAUAUUAUUGGAGAUCGUUUCUGGAAAGAAAACCCAGAAGUACUCGGGUUAAAAAGUUUAGCAACUUAUCAACCUCCAAAUUUAGUAAAUAAUGUUAGUUCAAAUCCAAUCAGAACAACAAAACCACCAUCUCCAACCACGAACAUGAAACAUAUUAAUAACACUCCACCACCUCCAGUUGCUAAUGUGAAUUCUAUGAAAGAAGAAGUGCAUCCAGCAAGAAGCCGAGAAUCAGAUGGAGAAAGAAUGCAGUGUGAAAGUGAACGAAUUUGUAGAAGAUAAGAAGUGUUUUAUAUUUUUUUUAUAAUAAAUUUGAAAAACAUCCUAACGGAAAAUAAUGGAAGUUUAUUUCCAGUAAUAUUAAGAAUAUUUUAAUCGCGUUUUAUCUGAAGUGGUAGUAUUAUAAAAUAUUAAUUAUUAGUGAAAGAAUUACAAAGUACAGAAUUGAUAAUUCUGACUACAUUUAUGAUUCCUUCACUUGAAAAUUAAGUUUUAUCUUACUACUUUUUUAGAGAAAUUAUAUUUUUAUAUGAUAAAUUGCAUAUUUAUGUAUAUACGUGUACUUUCACAUACAUAUAUACACAUGUACAUAUAUAUGUAUAUGUUAUAAAAGUAUUUUAGAGAAAUGGAUACGUAUACAUAUAUAUUUGACAAAUAUUUUUCGUUAGGAUUUCAUAUUUUAAAACUUAUUCACUUUCAGUAUCGCAUUUUCUAAUAGCAAAAUAUUGUACCAAUUAAUCUUAAAUUAUUUAUGAAAUGAAAGGCUGCUCUAGAGUAAAUGUACUAAGAUUUUUAUAAAGAAAUCUUGUUCAUAAACACAAAAGUAGUUUACUAAACCAUUUUGAAUUAAUUUCAGGUAUAAAAUUUUAUAAUUCUGCAUGUGUAUGUUUGUAAGUUCUAUAAUAAUCAGUUUGAAUAUUAUCGUAUGAUGGAUUAAUUUGAAUAUUAUUACAUGAUCUAUUACAUUAAAUAUUGCUUCGUUAUUAGAAGAACAUGCAAAAUAUGAGUAUUUUAGAAAUAAAAAUAUUGUAAGUAUGUCGUUAGAUAUUUAUGUUGUUCGUCUUUUUCAUUGUAUGGAUAUACUGAUUUACUUACCCGAUUAAUUAAAUUUUCGACAUAUAAUUGAUCAUACAUAUAACAUGUAUAUUUAUAUUGCAAAAUUUUUAACUAUUUUGGGUAAAAAUGAAGAAAAAUGAAAAGCUUCAGUUUAUAAGAUAUUAUUAUUUGAGUUGAAUGUUUUAAACUUAUGUGGAAUGCAUUAUAUAUUAUUUUAUAUUACAGUAGAAUCAAUAAUUACAACAUCAGAAAAUAUCAAACAUAAUAUAUACUGCUACAAUAAAAUACACUAUGUACACCUAUAUAAUAUAAACUCUUACUAAAUAAUAAUUUUAUGUAUAAUAAUUUUCAAUAUCAUCUGUUCAAUUUGGCUAGAGACACAGUUAUAUUUGUUUAUCUCAGUUAUUAAUGAAAUAAUUAUAUUUUUUUUCAAUUUACAUUUGUUUUUUCUCCAUAAUAUGAAAUACUGCAGAAUUAUUAGUUAUUCGUGGUUAAGAAAUAAAAAUAAGAAGGAAAAUUUACUUUUGUCGUAUGAUAUUGUUGCAUAGUUAAAUAUAAAUGAUCAACAAAACAUCAAGAAAUUUAUUAAAAAAUUGGAAUGUAAUUAUCUAUUUUAGCACGAUGCUUUUGUGCAACACAUUCCGCUAUCCAUACAAUAUUACGGCAUUCUUGUUCCUUUAAUUUAAGAUAACUGUAGAAUACUCCAAAGUGAAAUUGUUGAAGGAAAGCAUGAACGUUUAAGCGAACCUGUGGUAAUAAUAUUAAAAUUAGAAAAAUUUAAAGAUAUUUUGCUACAUUAACUCUUCUGACAAUAUUAAAUGUACCUCAUGCUCAAAGAAUUUAUCUUCUAAAGUUUUAUCACCAGGAUUGUUACCUGCACCUUCAAACAAAGCACUGUAUUC